AUGGCGAUGAAAUUCGCGACUAUUGCCCUGGGCCUGCUCCAGCUGGCCGCAGCCCUGCCUGCCAACCCUGCACCCAACACUCUUGAAGACCUACUGAUGGUCGAUGACACCGUCUCAGUUGGAUCGUACAUCAGAGAAACGCGAGCUGCUGCGCCGGAUGACUGGCACAAAUCAGUCCAACGGGAAGGUGACGGUGAGAUUGGAUACUCCCGAAAGAAGUCAGGGGGUGGAAAGAAAGGCUAUCAGCACUUUGACUCCUACCACAAGAAAGCGGGAGACAACUACGAAUUUGAGAAGCAAGACUCCUACGGACAAGAGGAGAAAGGCCAGGAUGGAGCCUACAGCAACAACUAUGAAAGACUAGCUGAAAGAGAAAGAGAACCCGAAGAGUUGGACGAUGAAGAGGAUCAUCGUCCCAAGAAGAAGAAACAGAAACAACGCAGUGACGAGACGCACUCAGAAUUGAAAGAGGGCGCGGAUGAUGGCAACGGUGGUGUCGAAGCUGUCGGCCAUGAUCCCAGAGACUACGUGCUUCCCGAGAAGUACACCUGGGGAGGCGAAGAUGAUGAAGAAUGAGGACAAUAGCAAUCUGUGAUAUUAAUGCUAGACUGAUAGAAUGUAGAGCAAAACUUUUUGUACUUUUUCUAUGUUAGAUGCGCCAUCUGUAAUCGGGUAGCAGUACUUCUAGGAUGGUGUUGUUAGCACUUUUAGACUUUAGAUAAGUAUUAAACGUGUGUACAUAUUUUAGAAGAUAUCUAAAUAAAUAA